CGGUAGUCCACCGGUAUCAUUCAUUCAUUCGACUCGCAUUCGUAUGUCUCUGCAGCAAUUCCACAAGCUCUCCACAUCGACUGAAGUCAUGGUUAGAUCAUUGUCGGGUUAUGCUUUGGCUCUGUCAAUAGCGAUAUAUCAAUUGAAGAACAUUCAUAUUCAAACUGUUUCCCCUCACAUACUUUCAAGAAACCCAUUGUGACAUAAAUUUCCCGUCAAACUCCAGUCUUAAAAUCACUCCCAGGUAUCUCAAUCAAACUUCAAUAUGGCAGUUUUACCAAAAAACUCUGGAUAUAUUCAAACUUCAGAUCCUAAAAUGCCCCGCUCCGAUGCAGCUGUUCCUUUCCGCAAUAUCAUACCUUCGCCAGAUCAUCCCCGCAUUGCUGGGAUACAAGACCACACAGCAUUAAGUUGGUGUGAGUCGAGGAGACAAAUAGAAGCUCCUGCUUGGUUGAUAAACCGACUUGAAGCAAAAAACUUGGAGAGACCAUACAGAGGAUUCACAUCAGAUGGAAAUGUUAGAGAGGGGCUGUAUAAUUAUACGGAGGAUGAGGGUGCGCCAACUGAGGAGGUAAUUGCAAAAACGGAGGAGCUUCUAAAGAUUUUGUCUCAGGAACAGAGAAAAGCAGUUCAGUUCGAAGAUGUUACGGAUGAUGAGUUUAGGUUGGGAUCAAAUCCAGAAUUAUACAUGAACCCAGGUAGGCAUUGGUUACACCCUCCAUUUGAUCUCACACUCAUACUGAACAGGCGGACUACGACUCGAUGAGUGUUCCCCAGAAAUCCAGACCGCUAUUCAUGCCAUUCUCAAAGCUUCAUCAUCUAAACAAGGUUAUGAAAAGAUUCAUGCCUGCUGCCUCACAAACGAUUUUCUUGGCCAUCUAGUGAAUGGCAAGAAAGUACUCAACGAGCACUCCUAUAACUUCCGCUUAUUUGGUACACCAUCCAUGAGGAAACCAUGGGGAUACACAUUCUUUGGACAUCAUUUGUCUCAUGUAGUAGUAUUCCUUGGCAAGAGAAUGGUGAUUGGUCCUACAUUCAUGGGAGCAGAACCUGAUAGAAUCGACGAAGGUCCACAUGCUGGGUUGAGGUUAUUUAGAUCAGAAGAAAUGGAUAGUUUGAGCUUGAUGCAAAGUUUGUCCAGAGAACUACAAGAUAAGGCAACUUUGAGUAAGGGUAUGGAUGGAAAGAGCCUUCCAGAUGAUAGGUGGAACCCUUUUGACGAAAGACACUUGGGUGGUGCGAGACAAGACAACAGGAUUGUUCCCUAUGAAGGAUGUCCAGUUUCUGAGUUUCCAGCCGACAAGCAGGAGCUGAUCAUUAAGCUUUUCAAGAGUUUCAAUGAGUACUAUCCCGAUGCAGUCUUAGAGCAGAGAGUCGCACUAUUUAAAAAGCAUCUCGGCGAAACUUACUUUGCUUGGAUUGGGGAAUUUGGAGACAAUGAUCCAUAUUAUUAUCGUAUCCAUAGUCCUGUAGCUUUUAUGGAAUUGGAUUUCCAUUGUGGCAGUAAGUCAUCUUAUCUCUGAUGUUACAUAUCUAACAUUGAAUAAGUUUUCUUGACGAAUACAAGUCCGGCGAGAUGUCACAUUCAUACAUGCAACAGAUUACCCAACAGAGGUGAUUAUGGGAGAGCAUUACUGGAACAGUGCAAGUAGGCUCAAUUAUGGAACCCCAUAUGAAAUGAUAUAUAUUCAAGACUUAAACCUUUUCUGUAUUGAUGGUUCUCGUGAUUGGCAUUUCUAUCUUCAGUUACAUAUUUCCGAUGGAGAUUGCAUCCAAAAUUCUGACAACUAUUUUAGAUACAGAGAACCACCUUUCAAUAAAUCAAAACUAUCUCCAGCCAUAUAAAAUUCUUCGUCCGCGGAUCCCGUAAUAUAAUCCAGAAAAUUCAAUACUUUGCUUAUCGAGUAGGUAUUUGAGUCGUCAAUGCGGUCGAGGAAGUUUUUAUUUGACACUUGGCUAACCAUUUUGAAAAACU